AAGCGAGAAUCGAAUUAGUUGCGUGCUGGCAUUCAAACCGAGCAGUUCGCAUAAGCUGGCUCCUAGCUGACGGAGUAGGAGCAUCGAGCUCGUUCGAAUAAACAACGGCAGCGGACAAAACGUGGCGUGUGCGUAAAGCAUUACCGGUUGGUUGGUAAUCGCGGUCGUCACAGCACCUAUUGAACUUUAAGUACCGUGGAAAGGCACGCGUGUUUUUUUUCCUUCCUUCCUUCCUUCUUAACUUAGCAUCGUGCUGAAACCAAUCAAAGUGUUGUAUGUACAGCAAAAAGUGAAUCAAUCCGAGACCAAAAAUAGCACGUGCGAAAUAAAACACACAAAAUAACAAAACGUCCACCUAGAGAGCACCACGAUACCGUUUGGAAGAAAACUAAUGGCACCGUAUCAGACGUUUUUUGUGUUUCUCGUUAAUUCCCGCCAGCUUCAUCGUGACAUGUUAAAUAAUUUGUUAUGCCCUCAGUGCUGAGAAAGUCGAAUGACCGGAGCGGGGGUUUGCAUUAUAUAGCGUUAGAUAAACUUUAACUUGUACAAACCGGGCGGUGUGAGGUGUAGCUACAAGGUAGAAUAAAAUGUGUGAUUUAUGGAAAUUUUCAUCCCAUCGUUAAUGCCACAAAGAUUGCGCUUAAGUUGAGCUAUUAAAGCGUACCUCAAGUGAAUUUCAUUUGCUGCGCUUAAGUUGUUGUGCGCAUCUCUUUACGAUUGUUCCUGGACAGAUAGCCGGCGAAAGACUGUGUGUUGUCUACACACGCAGGGAGUGAAAUAAACGAUCCAUUUUUACCAAUACUCAAGAAGCCGCGGCCAUAAAGUGACGAAGUUAAGAUUCAUCAACGAAACGACAAUUCGACCAUCGGCUGGGAACAUCAUGAACAAUAAUAGCAAAAUGCAAAUCAGAGAAUCCCUCGGGAUGGAAGUGGAUGGUACAACGGUUGAGGGCAACCGGGGCUACCUAAUUACACGCAUGACCCUAUUGGCAACGGCGGCCAUUUUCUGCUGUCUGCUGCUAGGCUCCGGACUGCUUAUCUACCACUUUGCAUCGUGCGAGGAACAUCAUGCUUCCUCCCUGCAGCACACAACGGUCUGCGAGCAUCAACAUUCGACACCGUACCAUCACCAGCAGCACGGUUCCACGGCGGAACAGGCGACCCCAGCUGAUACAAGAUCGACUUCAACUUCGACUCACAAAACGCACACCGAGGCUACACUGACGGGACGUGAGCCAGUGAGCACAGACAAGUUGACAACCGGAGAAAAUGUCAUCAACCGAACCAAUUCGGAAAGUCCGGACACUGGUUCAACAAGUGCGGAUGUAACGACACACAGAGAGACGGUUGCAUCAUCGGUAAGGGAGGAUUUACGGUUGCCACGAUCGAUCGAACCUGUUGCUUACGACAUUCGGCUGAUACCGUGGCUAGUGGAGGAUAAUUUUACCUUCACCGGAACGGUGGACAUUCUAGUCAACGUGCUGGAAGAUUGUAACAACGUGACACUGCAUGUGGCCGCGUUGACCAUUCACAGUGCCAUAGUAGAACGUGCUCCCGAGCAUGAGCGAAGAGGAAAUGAAAAGGAAUUACAUGAAGCGAAAGAGUCCGUACUAGGGCACGAUCUUGACCCUCCAGAGGAGGUUGUAUUGCAGGAAAUUGUGGAAAUCGAUCACAAUUUAACCAUUGCCAGCAAGCAGUUUUAUGUGCUUAUGUUGAAGACAACGCUGCGACGAGGUGAUCAAUACAGGGUACGGAUAAAAUAUGAAGGUGUCCUUAACGAUUAUCUCCAAGGUUUCUAUCGUAGUUCGUACACCGCAAACAACGAAACAAGAUGGAUCGCUACGACACAGUUUCAACCGACGGAUGCAAGGCGGGCUUUUCCGUGCUUCGAUGAACCAGCGUUAAAGGCACGAUUUAAUAUCAGUAUCGCACGAACCAAGGAUAUGAUAUCGCUUUCCAACAUGCCACGGUUGCGUUCGCAUGAAGCUGGUGAGCCAGAACUGUCAGGAUACGUCUGGGACGUUUAUCAGCAAUCCGUACCGAUGUCGACGUACUUAGUGGCGUUCGUUGUGUGCGACUAUCAAAACCUUUCCGACGGGAACUUUGCUGUCUGGGCUCGGGGUGAUGCUAUCGGGUCGGCCCGUUACGCGCUGAGCGUUGGACCAAAGUUGCUCAAAUUCCUUGAGGACUUUUUCCACAUCGAUUACCCACUACCGAAGGUGGAUAUGAUCGCGCUACCGGAUUUUAGUGCGGGCGCGAUGGAAAACUGGGGAUUGAUCACGUACCGUGAGACGGCGAUGCUGUAUGAGGAAAAUGUUUCCGCCAUCAGCAACAAGCAACACGUCAUUACUGUCGUUGCUCACGAGCUAGCACAUCAAUGGUUCGGCAAUUUGGUCACACCUUCCUGGUGGACCGAUUUAUGGUUAAACGAAGGAUUCGCUAGCUACAUGGAAUAUCUCGGAGUGGACGCAGUGGAACCGGCCUGGAAGUCGAUGGAACAGUUUGUGGUCAAUGAGCUGCACAACGUAUUUUCACUCGAUGCCCUCUCUUCGUCGCAUCAAAUUUCGGUGGAAGUGCACAACCCGGAAGAAAUACAUGAAAUAUUUGACAAAAUAUCGUACGGGAAAGGGGCCACAAUCAUUCGCAUGAUGGAUCAUUUUCUCACCACGGAAGUGUUCAAACGUGGCCUCACUAACUAUUUAAAUGACAAAAAAUAUCAGAGUGCCAGCCAAGAUGACCUCUGGGAAUAUCUGACCAAUGAAGCACGGCGCGGUGGAAUUUUUGAUGAUCAUACAUCGGUUAAAGAGAUCAUGGAUACGUGGACGUUACAGACGGGAUUCCCAGUGGUAUUUGUACAGCGCGACUAUGAGUCAGAUAGUAUAGAAUUUCGGCAGGAACGAUUCGCAUUCGGAAAUGGGUCAGAUACUGCCCACCAGAGUGAACGAUUUUUGUGGUGGAUUCCAAUAACGUACACUACACUUGGCGAUAGUAACUUCCACCAGACAAAACCCGCUAUUUGGAUGAAGGCGGAGGAAGCAUUGGUGAUCAAUAAUCAUGACAUUCCCAGUCACGAUUGGAUGAUUGUUAAUGUGCAACAAACUGGUUACUAUCGAGUGAACUACGAUGAACGCAAUUGGCAGUUGAUCGUAAAACAUCUGCAGGAUAAAAGCAAGUUUAAAUCGAUUGCUGCCUCCAACCGAGCUCAGCUGAUAGACGAUGCGCUUAAUUUGGCCCGUGCAGGUUAUCUGGACUAUGCCGUUGCGCUGAAUGUUACGAGAUAUCUUGUCCACGAGACGGAUUACGUGCCUUGGAAGGCGGCUAUUGCUGCACUUAACUACAUUGACUCAAUGCUAAUACGCACUCGUAAUUAUGGACUUUUCAAGAAAUACUCCAUGGAUCUACUGGAAAACAUCUACCGGGAGGUUGGUUUCGAGGAUCACCGUGACAGCCCACUGUUGACUGUGUACAAGCGCAUCAGUGUGCUUAAAGCGGUCUGUCAUCUAGGACACAAUGAUUGUGUGAACCACUGUCUGCGCAAGUACUACGAAUGGAUACAGCAACCUAAUCCAGAUAUAAACAACCCCGUAUCGCCCAAUCUGAAGAGCACUGUGUACUGUACCGCCAUCAAGUACGGCGACGAAAAGGAAUGGGACUUUGCGUGGGAACGAUUCCAGAAGGCCACAGUUGCCAGCGAAAAGGAAAUUCUGCUGUCCGCGAUGGGCUGUUCCCGAGUGCCCUGGAUUUUGGCGCGCUACUUAGAAAACGCCAUGUCGGAUGAGUACGGUAUCCGCAAGCAGGACGCAUUCCGGGUGUUCAUAUCCGUGGCAGAUAACGUUAUCGGUCAGCCUAUUGCAUUCGAUUACAUGCGCAACAACUGGCCGAAAAUGAAGAGCUACUUUGGUGCUUCGAUGUCGAAUUUGAACAUAAUUCUUAAAUAUUGUACCAAGCGGUUUAAUACCGCAUCGGAGCUGUUGGAACUCAAGGAGUUUGCCGAAAUUCAUUUAAAAGACAGUGGCCGUACAAUACAGCAAGCAAUCGAAUGGACGGAGUCAAACAUCGCUUGGUUAAACCGCAACGCACAGCCGAUUGUUAAUUGGUUAAAUGAAUUUAUUAUAACACACCGUCACGACAAGUGUUACAAAAUGGAUUGUUCACCGUUUACACUUGUCUUGCUCUUGGUUGUUGGUGUACAAUUGUGUUCCGGUGUUCAGAAAGUCAGUGAAUUGCCUGAACAUAAGCGCUUGAGUUUGUUGCAAAUUAAAGAGGACGAUACAAGUUCUAGCAGCUAUCGAUUGCCGGCCGUAUCUGAGCCACUUGCAUACGAUUUGUAUUUUGAUCUGACGGAUAACAGUUUCUCCAGCUAUGCGGGAACGGUUGAUAUAACGAUCAAGUAUACCGGCGUUGGGUCAAGCUUUUCGUUAAACAGUUUAGAUUUAACGAUAAAUGAAACGAGUGUCCGUGUUUUGCGCCCAGAUGGAACCGAGUUGCCAGUGAAGGAGGUUGCCAUUGCACGAGAAUUCGAGCAGCUGCAUUUUAACUUUGAUGAGCAAUUGGAAACGGGUUCAUCCUAUAAGGUGUACUUAGAAUUUCGUGGCCAAAUUAAGACAGACUUUUUCAAAGGUAUUUACCGCAGCAGUUAUCGUGUUGGAAGUGAAAUCAAAUAUCUGGCCACAACAUUUUUUGCCGCCACUUACGCCCGAACGGUAUUUCCCUGUUACGAUGAACCAUCCUACAAGGCAAGAUUUAACAUCAAAAUUCGACAUCUGUCUCAUCAUACGGCUUUAUCAAACAUGCCGGUUACAGUCAGCACGAGCUUUGAUGGUUACAGUGAAACCAUCUUCGACACCACACCACUUAUGUCUACUUACUUGGUGGCAUUUGUCGUAUCGGAGAUGCAAACCAUGUCUUCCGAUGAGGAGCUUUUCCGAGUUUUUGCAGCCGAGAACAAAGUAAACUAUACCGUUUACGCGCAUGACUUUGCAGUGCGAUCAGUACGUGCGCUGGAAACGCAUUUUGGUCGACAGAACCAGAUGCCAAAAAUUGAUCUCGUUGCCAUUCCAGACUUUGCGAUGGGUGCCAUGGAGAACUGGGGCCUAAUAACGUUCCGAGAAGAUUAUUUAAUCUACGAAGGUGAAGAAGAAACAACGGCCGCUGUUAAACAAAAGAUAGCCUCCGUCAUAACGCAUGAGCUGGUGCACAUGUGGUUCGGUAACGAGGUCACUCCAGAAUGGUGGACUUACGUUUGGUUGAAUGAGGGUUUUGCGAACUACUUCGAGUACUACAUCACAUCGCAGCUGGAACCAUCGUGGAAAUUAUGGGAUCAAUUUAUUUUGAGCAAUGUCCAUUCGGCCCUUUCGAAAGAUUGCCAUUCGUCAGCCCGGCAGAUGAAUUACUAUACAACUGAUCCGGCCAUUCUCAAUGAGCUGUACGAUUACGUGGUGUAUGCCAAGAGUGCCUCGGUUAUACGAAUGAUGCAGAACGUUAUUGGGUUCGAUACGUUCAAGCAGGCGCUUAACGAUUACUUACGAUCACGAAGCUAUCUCACCACCAAACCGGAGUAUCUUUAUGCAAGCAUUGAAAAGUUCCGCACCGUUGAUCUCCCGGCGAGUGUAGAAGCCAUCUUCGAGAGUUGGGCCAAUGCACCGGGCUAUCCCGUCGUAACGGUGACUGUCCAUCGGACCAAGCGCACCCUGACGGCGUCCCAGAAGCGCUUCUGGAUGCCAAAUGAAGUAGAUACACCACCGGACAACAAGUUGUUCUACGUUCCGCUGAACUACGCUUCCAAUGUGCCUUCGUCGAGCGAUUUCGAAGAUACAGCUCCAACAUUCUGGUUGACUCCAUCGGAACCCUCCACGACCAUUUCGCUCGCGACCGAUAUCGAAUGGCUUGUAGUGAACAAACAGCAGACGGGAUACUAUCGUGUGAACUAUGAUGAUGAGAGCUGGCAGAAACUAAUCGCGGUACUAAACAGCGAUCGUUUCGAGGAUCUUCUUCCCGUCAUUAAUCGGGCACAGCUUGUGGACGAUGUAGCAAAUCUUGCUCGUGCCGGUGAGGUCAGCUACAGCUUGGCACUGUCACUGAUGCAAUAUCUGGAACGUGAAACGGAGUACAUUCCCUGGAGCACAGCUUACGAUGCUUUGUUGCACCUUGAUCGAAUGUUUUCAAGCAACAAGGAAUAUAAGCGAUUCGAAAGCUACGGACGUACUAUAACUUCGCACGUCUUCAAUGAAACUAAUCUUUCGGGAGGAACCCAUCUGGAUCGGCUGCAUCGUGACAAGUCUAUCUAUUUGGCAUGCUACUUUGGUGUACCCGGGUGUUUGAAGCUGGCAACAAUGACAGUAGAAGCGGCACUUCACGAGGAUACAUUAGUCAUACCGAAAGAACUUCAAGCAGCAGUGUUUUGUGCACUACACAAGCAUGAAUUGCCCAUUGAAGGAGAUUAUGGUAUUAAGCUUUUCGACAAAUUCUGGCAAGCAACGGAUCAAUACAAACAUUUGAUGAAUAUGUUCAUCGGCAGCUUAGGAUGUUCCCGUAAUCUGGCAAUGACUGAGUUUUAUCUGCAAAUAAUUGAGCUAGAUACAACUGUGCUUCCGAUUACAGCUAGUAUGAAAAAUGACAUCCUAACAAGCAUGAUUAAAGGAAGUCCCACAACAAGAGGUGCAGCGUUACGCUAUAUUAGGUCACGAUUUGCCACUGUAUCGGAUAUGUUGGACCAUCAAUUGAUACCAAUGUUUAAUGCAUUUGGUACAAGUGUUAAUAGUCCCGCGGAAUACAACAUGCUUAAGGAAAUUGUACAAAUCUAUCAAUCUUCAUUGGUUCCGUCAACGCUAGAAGCUGCCACUCGUGCUCUUGGUCAGGCAGAACAAAACUUGCACUGGAUAGAUAAGCAUGCCGGUGUGGUGGCCAAAUGGCUUACGGAGGAAAACUUUGAUGGCGAAAUCCCAGACGAUAAUGGGGCAGAAAUUAUAUCUUCUUCAGUUGGAUUAUUUGCCAUCGUUGGGAUUAACUUCAUUUCACGGUGGUGCAUUCAAUAUGGCAAACAAACAACCGGUUUAAAAAGGGGCACAUAUUCACCGAGACUGUACCGUUACCGUUCAAGUCAUGGACAGUCCUUAAUUCGGCACAGUUCCAUAAAGAUGUUUCGCGCACCGCUAAUCAUCGUAUCGGUCGUUUGGCUACCAUUGAUCCUCGCAUUAGCUCCUGUAGAGUUGGAAAAGUUGCCAACAGCUCGUGAUUCUCCUGAUGACACUCGCUACCUUCUGCCAAAAGUGUCGGAACCAAUCGCGUACGAGCUUUUUCUGGACAUCACCAAUUACUAUUUCUAUUCGUAUACCGGAACCGUUGAAAUAGAGUUUCGCUACACAGGUGAUCAGAAUCACUUUUAUCUACACAACGAUGGAUUAGUGAUUGACGAAAGCAGCAUUACGGUAACACGCCCCGAUGGUUCCAAUCUGCCAGUUGCAGACGUAAUGUAUAUGGAACAGUUUGAGCAAAUUUAUUUCGGAUUCGCUGAACAGCUGCUAACGGGAGAACAGUAUAAGAUUCGAAUAAGCUUUCUUAACACUAUCGGUACCGAGUUAAAAGGGCUGUACAGAAGCAGUUACGUCGUUGGUAAUACAACAAGAUAUCUGGCAACAACUCAUUUUGAAUCGACAUACGCUCGGAGUGUAUUUCCCUGCUACGAUGAACCCGGCUACAAGGCUACAUUCAAUGUACGAAUUCGACACCGUCCGGAGUAUACUGCACUAUCCAACAUGCCUGCAAUUAAAAGUGAGACAGUUGGCGAUUACACCGAUACGACAUUCGAUACUUCACCUCUAAUGUCUACCUACUUGGUGGCAUUUGUCAUAUCGGAUUUUAAAACGUUUUCACAAGAAACGGAUCGAUUUCGAGUGUAUGCGGCGGAACAUAAGGUCGCCCACACAGAGUAUGCUUUAGAGUUUCUGGGGAAGUCUUUAAGAACCUUGGAAACAUUUUUUGGACACCAGUAUCAGCUACCGAAGGUGGAUCUCAUAGCUAUACCGGAUUUUGCGAUGGGUGCCAUGGAGAAUUGGGGUCUGAUAACGUUCCGCGAGCAAUACUUAAUUUAUGAUGAAGCUGUAACAACGGCCAGAACGAAACAAAACAUUGCCGAUCUGAUCACCCAUGAGCUGACACACAUGUGGUUCGGCAACGAGGUUACUCCGGACUGGUGGACUUACCUAUGGUUGAGUGAAGGUUUUGCUAGGUACUUCGAGUACUACAUCACAUCACAGCUCGAACCGACCUGGAACCUUUGGGAACAGUUUAUCGUAAAUAACGUACAUUCGGCCCUUUCUCAAGACUGUCACAAGGACAAUCGAAUGAUGAGCUACUACGCAACUGAUCCGGCCAUUCUCAAUGGUCUAUUUGAUUACGUGGUGUAUGCCAAAAGUGCCUCGGUUAUACGAAUGAUGCAGAACGUUAUUGGGUUCGAUACGUUCAAGCAGGCGCUUAACGAUUACUUGCGAUCACGAAGCUAUCUCACCACCAAACCGGAGUAUCUUUAUGCAAGCAUUGAAAAGUUCCGCACCGUUGAUCUCCCGGCGAGUGUAGAAGCCAUCUUCGAGAGUUGGGCCAAUGCACCGGGCUAUCCCGUCGUAACGGUGACUGUCGAUCGUACCAAGCGCACCCUGACCGCGUCCCAGAAGCGCUUUUGGAUGCCAAAUGAAGUAGAUACACCACCGGACAACAAGUUGUUCUACGUUCCGCUGAACUACGCUUCCAAUGUGCCUUCGUCGAGUGAUUUCGAAGAUACAGCUCCAACAUUCUGGUUGACUCCAUCGGAACCCUCCACGACCAUUUCGCUCGCGACCGAUAUCGAAUGGCUUGUAGUGAACAAACAGCAGACGGGAUACUAUCGGGUGAACUAUGAUGAUGAGAGCUGGCAGAAACUAAUCGCGGUACUAAACAGCGAUCGUUUCGAGGAUCAUCUUCCCGUCAUUAAUCGGGCACAGAUUGUGGACGAUGUAGCAAACCUUGCUCGUGCCGGUGAGGUCAGCUACAGCUUGGCACUGUCACUGAUGCAAUAUCUGGAGCGUGAAACGGAGUACAUUCCCUGGAGCACUGCUUACAACGCUUUAUUGCACAUGGACAGGAUGUACUCGGCAGUCGUACAGUACGAUCGAUUUGAAAGCUUUGUGCGUUCCAUUACCGGGUGCAUGUAUGAAAACAUACUGCUGACUGGACCGAUGGAUCAUAUUAGUAGACUUCAUCGUGGAAACACUGUUUAUCUUGCCUGCUACUCAGGCGUGCAGAAGUGUUUGGAUGACGCGAAUACGCUAGUCACGAAAGCCAUUGAAGAUCCUACGUUUAUUAUUCCCGAGGAGGUGCAAUCAGCCGUGUUUUGUGUGUUGCAUAAGUAUCCAGCGGCAACACUUAACGCGCAGAGUGAUUUGUUCGAAAAAUAUGUACUAUCCGCCAAAAGCCCUCAGCAGUUGGAAAUGGUUAACCGGUUCCUCACCAGCAUUGGGUGUGCACGAAACGAAACGACGCUGGAUUACUACCUUUCGCUUACUGCCUUUAACUACCCAGGACUCCCCGUGACUGCCGAGCAAAAGAAUCAAAUCUAUCUUGGACUUAUCAAUGGAAGUCCUUCAACGCGUUUGGCCGCCUUGCGCUAUAUGGACGAACAUUUUUCCACCAUCAGUUACUUGCUCACCUCGAUGACGUCGAUUUUCACAGAAUUGGGUAAUCGCAUCAAUUCUCGCUUACAGUACGAAGUGCUUCAAAACAUUGUGGACAAGUACGGAAAUACUUUGACAAGUGGAGCAAAAGCAGCAGCUGAUGGAGCUCUAAUACAAGCGAAUCAUAACAUUCAGUGGGUUGAAAAGCACUCCGAAGCCAUAACGUCUUGGUUGGUUGAGAAGGAGUAUGAGGGCACCACAGUGAAACCACCCGGUGGUGGAACCGGGGUGGUCCAUUCCGUCGGUAUGCUAACUGCUAUCGGAAGUGUCAUCAUUCUACUUACAUCGAAUGCAUUGCUGCAUUAAUAAUUGCGUUGGAAAAUGCACACAGUACACAAGUGCAGGGGAUUUAGUUUGGUGAGUUAAAAAUAAAUUUGUUUUGCGUACAAUGUGUAAA